ACCACUUGCUCAACAACAGUCAAGAUGGGUAUCGAUCUCGACAAGCACCAUGUUCGAGACGGGCACCGCAAGGUCCCGAAGUCCACCAACCCCUACGUUAAGUUGUUGGUGCGCCUUUACAAGUUCCUGGCUCGCCGUACCGAUGCCCCCUUCAACAAGGUUGUUCUCCGACGCCUUAUGAUGUCCAAGAUCAACCGUCCUCCCGUCAGCCUGUCCAAGAUCGUCGCGACUGCUGCCAACAAGCACUCCUCCAAGGCACACGACGGCAAGACUAUCGUCAUUGUCGGCACCGUCACUGACGACAACCGUCUCCUUGAGCUCCCCAAGCUCUCCAUCGCCGCGAUGCGCUUCACUGCGUCUGCCCGCGCGCGCAUCCUGAAGGCCGGCGGUGAGACCCUCACCAUCGACGAGGUCGCUACCCGCUACCCCACUGGAGCCAACACCCUCCUCCUCCGUGGACCCAAGAACUCCCGUGAGAGCGUCAAGCACUUCGGCUUCGGUCCCCACUCCCACAAGAAGCCCUACGUCGAGUCCAAGGGCCGCAAGUUCGAGCGUGCUCGUGGUCGCAGACGGUCGCGUGGUUUCAAGGUCUAAGCGUGUGCUGGAAGCAGUGCUUUUUCUCUGGGUUGUUGGCGUGGUCAAGGUCAUGGGAAUUCACUUACGAGGCGCGCAUCAUGACUGGCAAGAGCUUUUCAAAUGCUCGCAAAAAGAUACUCAAUGUCUCAGUAGACAAUGGAACUAUACCCACGAGCUCUCCCGAGCUCUUGAGGUCAACUCAUGAAUUUACGGUUCAAAUCGA